AGAAGAUAUUAUGACACUCGGUAUAGAUAAAGCUAAACGCAACGCUUCUUUCCUAACAAUCUCUUAUUAUCAGCUUUAAGUACUGGUCUUGCUUAUAAAUACUGUCCGCAGCAGCGAUACAUCCCACCCGGCGCCCUUAAUGUCCUCCCUCCUGAACGGUGCCCCUCUAGCAUCCACUGACGACUGUCCAACGAACAAUCCCGCCACACUAUCCGAUGUCCGGGCUGUCCUGGCGGCGCUGCAUGAGCGCGAAUCUAAAGUUACAGCUCGGCUGGAUGCCUUGCUGGAGACGCAAUCGAACCUAAGCCGCGAGCUGAGGAGGCUGGAUUUGUUGGGAGCGGGAUUGGGAUCCGCUCCUACGUGCACCAUUGGGAACAAGAUGCUCGCUGGCGCGGCGGAUACAGCCAGACGUUUAAGUUAUCGUGUGAAGGCGCUGGAUCUGGAGAAGAUGAGGGUUGAAGACACCCUUGGGGUUGUGGAGCAGGUUGCUGAGCUCAAGGCUUGUGUUCAUGGUGUCGUGGGCUCCAUGGGAGCUCCCCAGGAUUGGGAGGCUGCGGCGGGGUAUAUUUCGCGGGCGAAUAAAGUGCCCGAGGAGGUUAUAAAAGGAGGAUUUGCGUCGGAUAUCGUGCCGAGCGUUGAGAUACCGGAUCCACCUUGGGUGACGCUCGAGAUUGCGAAGGAAAGCCUUUGCAACUUGUUCGUACGAGAAUUCGAGGAAGCAGUCAAAGAAGGGGAUACUGUUAAGGUGACGAGGUAUUUCAAGCUGUUCCCGCCUAUUGGGAGGGAUGACACCGGCCUCGAUGUCUACGGACGUUAUGUCUGCCAGGGCGCCGCUGACGCGGCUCGCGAGAGGUUGAGGAAUGCGCCGACGACCGCGGCUCAAAAGGAGGAAACAGGGUUGUUUUAUGUGAAUGCUCUUAUAAAAUUAUUCGAGCAUAUCGCACAGAUUGUAGAGGGCCAUGGAAAACUGGUUGAGCAGUAUUACGGGGCGGGAAAGAUGGUCAAUGUCAUUGAGCGCUUGCAAAUGGAGGCUGAUGUUCAGGGAGGCAUUAUACUCGAUUCGUGGAACAAUGCCAGGGACGUGGAGAGAUGGGUGAGGGACAUAAAGUGUUAUCCCUCUUCCCUUCUUGUUCAGAAUUCCCUCCCGCUACCGAGAAGUGGUACGCCCAGGACGAAUUCUCCGACUACGGGGCGAGGAGCAAAUAAUAUGAGAAAUAGCAAAGAUGAAGGCGUGAAUUCGAAGGAGGUGGAACGCCUUCUUAAUGAAAUUGCAGCUAUGCUUGGCACAUGGUCAUUUUAUGUGCGGUUUAUAACCCGGAAAUGCAGAGAUCUCCUUGACUUCAACAGCAAUGCAGCCGCUAUACCUGACGUCCUCGCAAAAUCCAACCUCAUCCGCAAAAUAUCCGCGAAACUCAUAACCCCAUACAAUACCAUGACGACGUUCUUUUUCUGCCGCUCCAUGGAAAGAGCUUUCCAGAUAGAUGAGUACCCUUCGGGUCUCUCCCUUGACCUGAACAAACCCAUCAAUGCCAAUUCCCCAUUCAUAAUCCUAGCCGUCGACGACGUCUUCUUCAUCGUCAAUACCAUAAUCCGAAAGUCCCUAGCUACCUCACAGAAGGAGAUUUUCGCCCAUGUUAUAACGACAAUAGGCCGCUUUCUGGGCUCCGAUUUUGUCGGCAUAAUCCGGCGCAAGAUGCGCGACGAAACAUAUCCCAAGCCCCUUAUUCAGGGCGGUUUCCCACCUGAAGACAAGAUCAUCUCGUUCAUCGUAUUGAUCAACAGCCUGGACAUGGCAAACGAAUACCUUACCCGUAUUGUCUCUACAAACCUGGGCGUCAACCUCGACCUCGAAAACUCCCUUACUAAAUCAUCUCCCAUUCACGAUGCCUUUCCCGUGAUCAAAGACGCGUCGUUUAUCGCCGACUCACUGUCUAACCUCCUUAAAUCAUUCACUGCCAAGACUACAGAGCUAUUGAACGAGGGCUUACAAGCUCUCUUCAACAACGUCGUCAAACUCAGACUCCGUCGACUCAUUUCCGACACAUUUCGGGAUGCAGAUUACUCUCUCACCGAGGAAGAAUUCGGCGACCUUGCCGCAGACGAUGAUGAAGGCAAAGGAUCCUCAGACCACGUGGCCCGCAUAUUCGAGAAUGGAUGGGAUCAACUUAUGCGGCCAAUUGCUCGGAUCAUGACUAGUAAGACAUUUACCCUCCUGCUCGACAUCACAGCACGAUAUCUUGCCAAUAACGUCCUGGAGAAGAGGGUCUGGAGCCACGCUAAACGGAUGAGCGCAUUUGGCGCUGUCCGUAUGGAGAGGGAUUUCUUCAAUAUCGCUAAUGUGGUGACGAGGGAGGAUUUCUCUGUUAGAGAGGUGUUUGCAAAGGUCUCGCAGAUUCUUAUGGUGGUGAAUAUGGAGGAGGAGGAGUGGGAUGAGGUGAACAAUGAGGACGGCGGCGAGGAUGGUAUUUUGUGGGUGUUGACCAGGGAGGAGAGAGCUAGAGCUAGGGCGUUAGUGAGGGGGUAAUGACAGUUGAGACGAAAAUCAAGGUGAUGUGAUAUACAAUAUAUAUAUCACCCUAAAAGCGCCUGUCUUUCUCCUUGCAUCCGCACGUCUAAUCUACCGCAAAGAUAACAGCCAAUAGUAUACCCCACCGAAGCUUAUCAUAUGGACCCCCUGUGUCCACAACAGGAUUAGUCCAAGUUGGUAUAAGUCUAGAACGAGCUGGCUAGGUAGAUACUUGGAGAACUGGGGUUCCCCAUAAUUACCUGCGGAGGAACAUCAUCACUAUCGAAGGUCUAUUUUCUCCGCAAAAAGGAUCUGGCGACUG